UGAUGACAAAUCGUUUUGUCAAGCGUUUUUUGGGAAGCGCGAGUCAGCUUGUGCAUAUGUAUAUUAAAUACAGUUUUGGUUUUGUCUAAUAUACAAGAUGAUUAUUACAAUAAAAAAUCUUCAACAGCAAACUUUUACUAUAGAGUUUGCCCCGGAAAAAACGGUUUUGGAACUCAAGAAGAAAAUAUUCGACGAGCGCGGUCCAGAGUACGUCGCCGAAAAACAAAAACUGAUUUAUGCUGGCGUCAUAUUGACGGAUGACCGUACUGUUGGUUCAUACAAUGUUGAUGAAAAAAAGUUCAUUGUGGUAAUGUUAACACGCGAUUCAUCUAGUUCAAAUCCUAAUCAGCUUGGUGUAAAAGAAAGUGACAAAUUGACUAGCACUGACAAUUUAAAGGAUUCAAUGCCCCGCGAAGAAUCCAACCAUAGUAAUUCCCCCCCUGUCACCAGAAAUUCAGAAGAGUCAAUUUUAUUAAGUGAAACCACACCUAUAUCUACUGACAACUUAAUUGGCGAGUUGGCCCAGGCUUCCUUACAAUCGCGCGCUGAAUCUAAUUUGCUUAUGGGUGACGAAUACAACCAAACUGUCCUAUCAAUGGUGGAAAUGGGUUACCCACGAGAGCAGGUGGAACGUGCGAUGGCUGCUAGCUAUAACAACCCGGAAAGAGCCGUUGAAUAUCUCAUUAAUGGCAUACCUGCAGAGGAAGGUACUAUUGACAAUGACGUCAAUGAGUCAACGAAUCCUAACGGACCACAAACUGGGUCGGCAUCCUCUGUCGAGCGUCCAUCAGAAUCAAAUUCAGACCCCUUUGAAUUUUUACGUAGUCAGCCACAGUUUCUUCAAAUGCGUUCUUUAAUAUAUCAAAACCCCCACCUUUUGCAUGCGGUAUUGCAGCAGAUUGGUCAGACAAACCCAGCCCUUUUACAACUUAUUUCGGAGAACCAGGAUGCGUUUCUUAAUAUGCUAAAUCAACCGAUUGAACGCGAAUCAGAGUCAAGCGCAACAGUACCCCGCGUUUCGAGUGCGCGAACUCAUUCAACUCUGGCUAAUGUUAACAACCUGUUUUCGUCAGAUUUAGAAGCCGCUUCAGCCGAAAGAUCGACAGUGGCUACAAGUGCAGCACAACAAAGUGGUAGCGCAGCGGAAAACGAAGAUUUGGAACAACCUUUAGGAGUUUCAACCAUUCGUCUAAAUCGCCAAGAUCAGGACGCAAUAGAACGGCUUAAAGCCCUAGGAUUUCCAGAGGCCCUUGUACUGCAAGCGUACUUCGCUUGUGAAAAAAACGAAGAACUAGCAGCUAAUUUUUUGCUUUCUUCAAGCUUCGAUGACUAAGAUGAACAAAUGUAAGAAGUUAUAAAUAUAAAAUACACCGGAAGCGUUACAAUUAAUGUUAGAUGUUUUAAAAUUAAAUGUAAAAUGUCAAACAUAAAAA